CGGAGAUGCCCAAAUCACGGAGAUACUACUGUCACCUGUGAACCGGUAGGGAUAGAGGGAACGAGGUUAUUCUUUAAACGAAUUCACUUUGUAUGAUAAAGCAAAAUGAUGGUUUCGCGAUGGUUUUUCACACGGCGGUCAUAUUUGCUGCCUUGACAGGAUUUAUCGAAGUAUUUUGCAGGGGCUCUUCAACAUCAGCUGUAUUUAUCAGGGAACAAAGCCAGCUGUGAAAUGUAUUCUGGAGCAGGCCUGCCAGCUGCUAGGACACCACCAUCAAGUCCACGUGCAUCAAAAUUUAUGUACCAUCCUCCACCACUCCCAUGCCCUCCAAAAGAGCCUUCCCUAGCCCCUUUAUCAUCCUUUUCAAAUGAAUGCAAAACUGAUUUUCCUUCAGUAUUUCCCCCCCCUUCAACUCAAACAAAUGACUUGAAUCCAAACUUUUCUCCACUUACAUAUACUGUACCAGGUGUUAGUGUAUCUCCUUCAGAUUAUUCUUGUACCCCCUUUUCACCUUUCCCUUUAUCACCUCCCCCUCCUCCAGCACCACCAGGGAAAUCAUUCUGUCCUGGAGGAUUUCCCUCUCCACCUCCGCCUCCUCCCCCACCUCCUCCCCCUCCCCCUAAACCUCCCCUAGCACUUCAAGGAGUAUCUACCUCUGCUUGUCCCCCUCCCAUUACCCCUGCCGCUGUUCCUCCUCCUCCUCCUCCCCCUCCUCCUGGAAUUAAUCCUUCACUGCCAGGUACUUCUGGAGCAAGGAAAGGUUCAACCAUAAGAAAGAAACUUGUCACACCAGUAUCCCCCAUGAAACCUCUUUUUUGGAAGAGAAUACAACUCAAUCAGCUACCUGUCAGACUGGAGACUGAGGCCAGUGAAACAGUUUGGGCAACACUCAAGGAACCAACAAUUAAUGUCAGUCGCCUUGCUGAAACAUUUGCCAAGGUGGAGAGAAAGACAGAGGGAAAACUUUUAUCCUCUAGAUCGAUGCACAAAAUAAAACAGCAAGUUAUCCACUUAUUGGACAACAAGAGAUCGCAAUCUGUGGGAAUCUUUUUGAGCAGUCUUCAUGUUAAUAUGGAUGAGAUAAGAGAUGCUCUGUACAAUGUGAACACCUCCAUUGUGGAUCAGGAAAGCCUCAGCUCACUGUAUGAAAUUAGGCCAACAAAAGAGGAACUUCAAACAAUAGCUACAUUCUGUCAAAAGAAUUGUGAUGUGAUACUUGACAGACCUGAGCAGUUCUUAAUGGAUUUGUCAAAAAUCAGCUGUUAUGAGGAGCGACUUUACUGUUUGAUGUUAAGAACAAGCGUGACAGAUUCUCUCUCAGAAAUUGGACAGAAACUGACCAACUUUCGAUUGGUUUGUGAGAUGUUGCAGACAUGCAAAGAAGUUCCGAACAUUUUGGGUUUAGUACUUGCCUUUGGGAACUAUAUGAAUGGAGGAAACAUUGCUCGUGGACAGGCAGAUGGUUUUGAAUUGGACAUCCUUCCAAAACUGAAAGAUGUGAAAUGCAAAGACAAUUCCACCAACCUGCUACAUUAUCUUGUAACUGUGUACAUUGAAAAGUUUGAUAAGAAUGCAGGGACUGUUAAUUCCAAGUUUCCACUACCAGAACCACAUGAUCUGAAAGUGGCAUCUCAAAUAAAGUUUGAGGACAUAGAGGCAGAAAUAAACAGCUUAAGGAAGCAGUUAGACCUAUGUAAUAAAAAGCUUUCCAAAGUGAUGAAGGAAAGUGAAGAAAGUCUUCAACAACCGUUCAGUAGCAUAAUGAGUUCAUUUCUGGAGCAGAGUCAAGGAGAGGUUUCAGAGCUGGAACAAGCACUUACAGAGUGCCAGAAAAGGUACUCAUCCCUUUGGAGAUUCUUCAAUGCCAAACCUAUGGCUACAUGUAGUCCACCUCAAGAAUUCCUUGAGAUCUGGGCAAAGUUUAGUUCUGACUUCCUGUUAUUCUGGAGAAAGGAGCAGCAGCUGAUUGCCAAACUUGCUUUUGAAGAAACAAAACAAAAAGUGUACAAGGAAAAAGUAGAAGGAAUAUCCGUGAAGCCAGCAACUGUUAGUGGUUUGAAACUUAAGUUGGCCUCUUCAAGAAAGGCAAAUGCUAGCUGAGCCAACUAAAUGAAAGUACUGGUAGAAUGUUUUGGCUCUUGUAGUUACCAAGACUUCACAGUAGUGGGUUUCACUUUGAAAGAAAGGAAAUGUACAUCAUGUAGUACCGUGAGAAUUUGCUUCCCCUAAUUUCUUUUGAUCAAAGUUCUCUCAUUAUUUAUGAACAUAGCAACCUAGAGUGGUGGCAGUUUCAAUUGAAUUGAAUGAAAACAUUCGAUCUUUGAGUGCUUUUGUUGUCAAUAAGCAGAGUGCAAUAGUAUUUCCAUUCUUUUUCACCAUUCUGGUGAGGGAUUUGGCUCUUGUCCAUUGUAACUGUGUGUGGUAUUUAAAAAUUGAGAGUUAAAUUGUCACCAUUCCAUGCUGCAAUGAAGCUGCGGCCAUGCCAAAUGUAAAAAAAAUUUAUACACAUAGUUGUGUACCCAAUUAUGACCACGUCUCUAACAGGGUAACAGAUUAGGCAGAAAAGUUUAACUCAAAUAUAACCAGGUACUUCAUUUCACAAAGGGAAUUCCUGUUUCUUAGUGGAGGUCUUAUCGUGAAGUGCGGUGAGUCUAUUAUAAGCUUUCCUGGCCAACCUUGUACCAAACUACAUAUAAAACAUGUAUCAGGAUAUCAAAGUGGCGCCAGACAAGACAGUUAUAUUUAUAGCUAAUUUAUUAAUGUAAUAUUUAUUAAUGUUUACUCAGUAAAAGUCAUACUUGUAUUUAUUUAUUUAUCCUAUUAAGUCAUAUAUCCUAGUAUAAAUAAUGCACUGCUUAUUUAUUUAUUUAUCUUUAAGUUAAUAAGUCAUAUAUCCCAGUAUAAAUAAUACGUUACUCUAUUUAAGACAAAUUAUUAUGCAAUAUUGGAUACAAUAUAGGGAAGUAAGCAGUUAAUUGUUAUGUAGAUUACAGAAACCAAAUCAAGUGGAAACUCCUUGCUGUGGGAGAGGAAAGAAAAGCCUUUAUUUUGCAAGGGGCGAGAUUGAAAUAAAAAAAGAGUGAGAAAAAGAGAA